AUGAAUAUAACAGAUAAUAAAGAAAAAUAUAAAAGUCAGGAAUGCACGAGUAAACAUGCUAAAUCAGAGAAAAAAAGACGGGAUGAAAUGAAAAACCGUCUCGAAGGUCUCCAUGAGCUUCUCUCCUCUACAUCAUAUGCAAGUGUCAACGUGUCUAAAUUAGAAUUACUGCAAAAUGCUACCUCCUAUAUAAAAAAUUUGCACGAUGAAAAUGAAAGUUUAACUUGUGAAGUGAAUCGAUUGAAUAAUGAAGUUAAUCAGUUGGAUAAUGAA